AGACAGAGGAGCAGUUUGGGGAACCUACGCCGGCUGCGGCAGGUUCCAGCCGCCCAGGGAUACCUGCGUCAGGGACUAGCAGCUAACUCACGGGCGCGAACUGAGGCGUCAAUAAGCAUACGUCUUAUCCUAUGCCAAAUUUUUCACGUGCGCUUUUGGCUGGGGACUGUGGAGCCGCCGAUUAUGACGGGCAGCCUAUGUUUGAUGAGGAGCAGCCAGCGACUGAAGAAUAUGACCGUUUCUGACCUGCAAAUAGUUUCUUGGAAUUGCACAGAUGUUUUACGCAAUAAUGUGAUAGGCGUGCAUUUCACUGAGAAUGUUGGUAAGAUAAUUCCUCAAUCUUUGGGCAUGCUACAGACAUAA